AUGGAAUCUCACGAUGAAACUGGAUGCCAAACUCCAGACCGCCCUAUCCUUUGCGUUAACAACUGUGGAUUCUUUGGAAGGGCCGCUACAAUGAACAUGUGUUCUAAAUGUUACAAGGACACACUCCUAAAACAGGAGCAAGCCAAUUUUGCUGCUUCAUCCAUUGACAGCAUUGUGAAUGGCAGCAGUAGCAGCAUUGGCAUUGGCCCAGUCGUUGCAGGUGUUGUUGAUGUGCAAGCUGGACAAGUGGAGACAAGAGUUAUUUCAACAGAACCAUCCAUUGACUCGUCUUCGAGCAUGGUGUUUGAGGUGAAAGAAAAAGAGGGACCAAGCAGAUGCACUACUUGCCGAAAGCGUGUUGGUUUAACUGGCUUCAAUUGCAAAUGUGGAAACACCUUCUGUUCAAGUCAUCGUUAUUCUGACAAACAUGACUGUCCUUUUGAUUAUAGGACUGCUGGUCAAGAUGCUAUUGCAAAAGCCAAUCCUGUCGUCAAGGCAGAGAAACUUGAUAAGAUCUAG